AUGGCAGCAACCAACUACUCAUCCUGCCAUCUUUUUAUCUUCUUCUUUUCUUUCUUCGUGUCCUUCCUGCUUCAGCAGCCAGUCCUCAGCCAGGACUCGCUCAGCUCCAGGAUAACAGAACCCGAGAGCGACCCAGUCAUCGUCUCCACCACACCAGCCAACCUGACAGCUUUCAGCUAUAAGGACAUAACCCAGAGAACUCCUCCAGAGACAGAGCUUUCCACCCCUGCUAGUGGUGGAGACGCAGAUGAUGAAGACGUCCCUCCUAUUGGAGGGACGCGCUGUCAAGGUUACUAUGAUGUGAUGGGUCAAUGGGACCCACCUUUCAACUGCAACGCAGGUGUCUUUCUGUACUGCUGUGGCACCUGUUUCUACCGCUUCUGCUGUCAGUUCCGCCAGCAGCGACUGGAUCAGACCAUUUGCUCCAACUAUGACACCCCCAUCUGGGCCAACACUGGCAAGCCAGUGGCUACCAUCACAGAGGGUCAGGGGGACGCGGAUCGGGACCGCACACAUCUCAUUGUUUACAUCAUUUGCGGUGUGGUUGCCGUCAUGGUGCUGGUGGGCAUCUUUACCAAACUGGGUCUGGAGAAGACCCGUGGUGGAAGUGGAGGAGGAGCAGGGUUACCUCAGAUGGACCUCAGCUCCAGGACCCUGACAGACCUGUUGAAGCAGCAGGGAAGUGAAACCAGCUCAGUAGAAAAUGUCACAACCAGUGCACCCAGUGGAGGGAGAUCCAACAGCAUCUCAGCCAGGAUGCUGCACAGUAGGAGUGAACAAUACCAGCUGAAUAAUUCAGUUUAUGGACCAGUUGGACAAGCUCUUCCACAUCCACAGAGCAACCACAGCACUCUGGGACUGAACAAAUUUAACUCCCUCAAAGCAGUGGCUGAAACUGCUUCCCGGAGCUACUACAAGAGUUUCCCUAUUAUGGACUUCUCCCAUUACCAACCUGCAAUGCCCCCUCCCUUACAGCCCAAAGAGAAGUCCUACAUCCACAAGCCCCAGUCAGCACACCACAACAUGCAUACCCCUCUUGCCAUCUCCAUCUCCUCUAGCCAUCUAGAGCAGUCACACCUUCCCAAGACCGCCACACACCCAUUUCUAGUCAACUCAGCUUUCAAAGCCUGGGAGCCAGCUGGCCGCCAUGUCCACAGGCAGACCUCUGCUCCGGCACACACCUCCUCCUCCCUGCAUGGCUCCACUCGGCGACAUGGCUGCUCGACGAGGAGGCAACAGAGCACAGAAAACAUGGCAGACGUCUUCAAUAAAUCCUAUGGAGGGACGUACGAAGGAGGAGCAGGGCAGGAGUUGCAACAGACAGCUCAGCCUUCCUAUUACCUCCAUGGUAGACAGAAGAGCUACUCUACCCACAGUGCAACAGAGGUGACUGUCUGAGAGCCU